CAAAAUAAAAUUGUUGAAUUUUACUAUAAGAACACCAACUCUCUCCUAUGCAGCACACAUAUCUGUUCCUUUUCAUCAUAAUUUUCAGCUAGCUUUCUCUGAAGAAAAGGUUUCUUCUUUACAUCCAUAUGUUUUUUUUUUCUGUCAAACUUUCAUUUAUAUUGAUUGAAGAGAGGAUACUAGAUCACUGUACAAAGGGUUAAACAACCAUGCAGGUGGAUACAAUUUCUAAGUAUGAUAAAUAAGAUUUGGAGGACCUAAUUUAGCUACUAAAUGGGCUGGUUCACGUUCUUCUUCUAGUAUAGUUAAACAAACAAUUUUUUUUUAAUUUUUGACUCCAGACAUAAAUAUCUUUAUGUUUUCGAUGACAACAUUCCAGCAUGAUCUAUUAACAACUUUGUCUCCUUAAAAAAUGGUUGAUCUUUACAUCUAUAUGUAACUAAGUAAACUAUAUAUUCAAUAAUGAGUGAUUGUGUGUGUUUGACUCCAGACAUAAAUAUCUUAAUGCAUGUUCUUUUUGUUUUAGUUUGUGUGUGUUUCUUGACAUCUCAGGGUUUUCUCCCCCAAAAAUGAGUGAUUGGAGUGGAAACGCCAUAGAAAUUUGGAAUCCCCCCAAAAUGAGUGAUUGCGAUGGAAUAGUACGAGCGAUGCUGGAGCAAACCGACAAUGGUCUUAAUUCGAUCAGCCAGAUCUUCCCUAAAACCAACUUAUCCACUAAUCAUCAGUCCGAACAAAGAUCUAGUCUCGGCGAAAGAGUAUCUUCAAGAAUAGGAUUUAAUGUUCCACCGCUCGAGACAGAGAACAUCAUGAGUCCAUUUGCUGUUUCUAGAAGCCAGACUAAUGUCCCUUCUCCUCUCAUCGCAGUCUCUCCAGGAUUUAGCCCAUCCGCACUGUUGCAGUCUCCAAAAAAGUUCUCUAAUUCUUUUUCACAGUCUCCAGUCGCCAAUGACGGGCCUCCGGAGAUGGUGGAAAGUUCUGGUGGCGACUAUGCAACCACGAUGAUAUUCAACAACGAUGUUCCUCAUCAACCGAUGAACUUUGAUCAUAUGCCUCAUCAUGAAGGCUUUUAUGAUAUUCCAACCGAAGAGUCUGUUUAUGUCCCAUCUCAUGAAUCUCAUGCUGAUCUCAUUGGUGCUCCUUUAGUCACUUCUUUUGAAUCUGAUGAAGUUGCCAAUGAAACCGAUAUCAUGAACAUCAUCUCCCUCGACAGCGAGGACGAGGACGAAGAUUAUAAGGAGGACGAAGAAUACAAGGAAGACGAAAAUGUAGAUGAAGAAGAUGACAGUGUAGAUGAGCUUCCACCUCGAAAGAGAAGGAAAUAUGAGGUAUCAGACAUGUUCGGAGCCAAAAGAACAAGAAAGGACGAAAGGGUUAUACUUCGGAUGGAAUGCGAAGAAGACAAUCCUGACGAUGGUUAUCAGUGGAGAAAAUACGGUCGGAAAAUUGUCAAUGGGAAUUCAAAUCCGAGGAGUUACUACAAAUGCACACACGGUGGGUGCAAUGUGAAGAAACAUGUGGAGAGAGGAGCAGAUGAUGUGAAGUUACUGGUAGUCACAUACGAUGGGAAACACAAUCACCCAAUACCAACUGGACGCAGUAGCAAUAGAUCCGGUCCAAGGAACCGUUCCGGCUUUUCAGUGUCUCAAACCCCUCGGUUAGGCAGGCUUCCUUCUUCCUCUUCGGCCUGUCAGUAUUGCUAUUCUUCUUUGGAGCCACACCCUGAUAUGGCACUGCUCUAUAUGACUGGACUCUCUAAGCUGCAGAGUUUUCCGGUUAACCAUAAUCAUGGUUUUAUGUACCGGCAUGAUGAACCGAUUAUUGAUCGUGUGAUACCCGACCGUACAGAGGUGUACAAUGGGAUGAAGGAUCGACUAUUGCCUAACUUUGGUUUCAACUUUUAGAUUGCAAACUUUAACAUAAAAAUAAUAAAAAGAUGCAAACCUUUUUUUAUAUCCUUAUCAGAUAUACAAUCAUGUAGAAGAUAUACAAAAUCUUGUAUUCAUCCCCUUUCAUUAUGAUUUUUACUGCAUAUUACUCUUUGAGUUGAUCUAUUAAUUCAACAGUUGGAAAU